AAUCUCAGUUCUUUUCUUUCACGCCAUUUCUCUGAGUGAUGGCAAAGCAGUUUCAAGUCUGUAUUCUUCUGGUGAUCCUUGGCCUUGCUCUAACAUGCAGAGCAACUUUGUACAACGUGGGCGACAGCGCUGGUUGGGAUGUUAGUUCCGAUCUGGAUACGUGGCCGAAGGGCAAGACAUUCGUCGUUGGCGAUGUUUUGGUGUUCCAAUACGCGUCGUCCAACAGCGUGAGCGAGGUAACGAAACAAAGUUACCAGACGUGCAACACGACCAACGGAAUACUACAAUCCAGCAGCAAUGGGAACUCAUCGUUUCCCCUGACCUCGCCGGGGGACUGGUACUUCAUCAGUGGCAACAACCUGUAUUGCCUUGGUGGGAUGAAGCUUCACGUCGUCGUCCAAAACAAUCCGGCGGCAGCGCCCGCUCCUGCACCCGAAUCGGCUGGGACCUCAGUUUCCACCAGCACACCUUCUUCCAAGACCAACACCGUGACAUCUAGCUCCGUUCCUGUCUUCGUUCGCGGUGGGGUCAAUUCUCUUGUGCCGGCUUUGAUGGGUUUGGUGGCUAGUAGUAUACUGUGUUUUGGGUAGUGUGAAGUUAUGUGUGAAAUGUGAGAUCAAAACGCUGUUCUGUAUUGUUCUGUUCUGUGAAAUCGGCUUGUGGUUGUUGAGCUUAUUCGUGCAUCUUGCAGUGUAGAAAUGUUUGGUUUUUCACUUGUAACUAGCACUGUGCCAUGAUUGUUGUUGAUUCAUUCUUCAUGUUUGCACCAAAA